ACCACAUAAAACCUGCUGAGCAUUAACCUCCCUCCCAGCAGAAGCCAGGCUGCAGGUUCUUUAGGUUAAAAUGGGGAACUCUGAGAGUCAGUAUACCUUCCAAGGAUCCAAGAAUCAUAGCAAUACUGUCACCGGUGCUAAACAAAAGCCUUGCUCUCUGAAAAUACGCAGCAUUCAUACAAAAGAUGAGAAGUCUUUGCAUGGAUGGACUCACGGAAGCAGCGGAGCAGGCUACAGGUCCAGGUCCCUCGCCCGAAGCUGCCUUUCUCACUUCAAGAGCCACCAGCCUUACGCCACCAGACUCAGUGGACCCACAUGCAAAGUCUCAAAGGGCACUGCCUACACUAAGCACCGAGCGAAUGCCCCAGGAAAUGAUUUCCAGGGCAACAGCGGUGCUUUCUUACCCGAGAAUGGCUUCCACUACGUUGGCCACGAGUCAGGGGAGAGCCACGUGACCUCCAGGGACUGCAAUGGACACCUUCUCACCUGCUACAGGAGAAAUGAGAGCAUCUCCUCCACCUCGCCAGGCGAGGACCGCAGGAGCCCCAAGGUACUCAUCAAGACACUGGGGAAGCUAGAUGGGUGUUUAAGGGUUGAGUUCCAUAACGGUGGCAACCCCCACAAAGGGCCCUCGGAGAACCCCAGUGGACCUGUACAGCUGCUGAGAUACUCCCCUACGUUGGCAUCGGAAACCUGCUUGGUGCCAGAAGCUAGGCGGGAUUCGGGCGCAGACUCCCCGGCCAGCCAGCGCCGCUCUCCCACUGACUCUCGCCUGCGCUCCAGCAAAGGCAGCUCCCUGAGCUCAGAGUCAUCUUGGUAUGACUCUCCGUGGGGCAAUGCUGGGGAGAUGAGUGAGGUAGAGGGCUCCUUUCUGGCUCCCAGCACUCCGGACCCCAGCCUCCCCACCAGCUUUCCACCCAGUGACACCAAAAAAACUUUCAACCAAAGCUCCUCCCUCUCCUCCCUCCGGGAACUGUACAAAGACGCCAACCUGGGAUGCCGCUCUCCGUCUGGGACCUGCCGUUCUUCCGAUGAGUACAUCGGCUCCCAAGUCAGCCUGAGCAACCGGGUCUCCUUUGCGUCUGACAUUGAUGUGCCCUCCAGGGUGGAUCACAGGGAUCCCAUACCCUACAGUUCCUUUACUCUCCCCUGUCGCAAGUCCAAAGCCUUAACUGAGGAUGCUGCAAAGAAAGAUACCCUCAAAGCCAGAAUGCGACGCAUCAGCGACUGGACAGGAAGCCUCUCUAGGAAGAAGAGGAAACUACAGGAACCGCGCUCCAAGGAGGGCAGUGAGUACUUUGACAGCCGCUCAGAUGGACUGAAUGCAGACGUGCAGGGGUCCAUGCAAACAUCUGCCUUACUGUGGUCAGGGGGCUCAGCUCAGACCCUGCCCCAGAGGAGCGAGUCCACUCACGUGAUUGGCAGCGAUCCCCUCCGACAGAACAUUUACGAGAAUUUCAUGCGAGAGCUGGAAAUGAGCAGGACCAACAUGGAGCACACAGAAACGUCCACAGAAACUGUGGAGUCGAGCAGCGAGUCCCUCAGCUCCCUGGAGCAGCUGGAUCUGCUCUUUGAGAAGGAGCAAGGAGUGGUCCGGAAAGCCGGGUGGCUCUUCUUCAAACCCCUCGUCACCUUGCAGAAGGAGAGGAAAUUGGAGCUGGUGGCUCGGAGGAAGUGGAAACAGUACUGGGUGACACUGAAAGGCUGUACUCUGCUGUUUUAUGAGACUUAUGGAAAGAAUUCUGCAGACCAGAAUAGCGCCCCACGGUGUGCCCUCUUUGCAGAGGACAGCAUCGUGCAGUCUGUCCCAGAGCAUCCCAAGAAGGAGCACGUGUUCUGCCUGAGCAACUCCUGCGGGGACGUCCACCUUUUCCAGGCCACAAGCCAGACAGAUCUGGAAAACUGGGUCACCGCCAUUCACUCGGCAUGUGCGUCUCUUUUCGCAAAGAAGCAUGGGAAAGAAGACACGGUGAGGUUGCUAAAGAGCCAGACCAGGAGCUUGCUUCAGAAGAUCGACAUGGACAGCAAGAUGAAGAAGAUGGCGGAGCUUCAGCUGUCCGUGGUGAGCGACCCCAAGAACAGGAAGGCCAUCGAGAACCAGAUCCAGCAGUGGGAGCAGAAUCUGGAAAAAUUCCACAUGGACCUGUUCCGCAUGCGUUGCUACUUGGCGAGCUUACAAGGUGGGGAGUUGCCGAACCCCAAGAGUCUCCUUGCUGCCACCAGCCGCCCAUCCAAGCUGGCGCUUGGCAGACUGGGCAUCUUGUCUGUUUCGUCUUUCCAUGCUCUGGUGUGUUCUAGAGAUGACUCUGCUCUCAGGAAAAGAACACUCUCCCUUUCCCAGAGAGGAAAAAGCAAGAAAGGCAUAUUUUCCUCCUUGAAAGGACUGGACACCCUGGCAAGAAAAGGGAAGGAGAAGAGGGCUUCCAUAACUCAGAUGUUUGAUUCGAGCAGCGGCCAUGGAUUUCCUGGAACUCAGCUACCUCAAAACUCCACUAACUCCAGUGAGGUCCAUGAUCUGCAUCUGUGUGGCUCCACAGUAGACGGCGCUCUCCGAGACAACGCAUGGGAAAUCCAGACGUAUGUUCACUUCCAGGAUAAUGAGGGAGUUACUGUGGUCAUCAAACCGGAGCACAGAGUGGAAGAUGUGCUGACACUGGCAUGCAAGAUGAGAGAGUUGGAGCCCACUCACUACGGUCUUCAGCUUCGAAAAGUGGUGGAUGAAAGUGUCGAGUGGCAUGUACCUGCACUGUAUGAGUACAUGCAAGAGCAGGUUUAUGAUGAAAUCGAAAUUUUUCCACUCAAUGUGUACGAUGUGCAGCUAACCAAGACUGGGAACAUGACUGACUUCGGGUUUGCAGUCACAGCUCAGGUGGACGGACACCAGCAUCUCAGCCGGAUAUUUAUAAGUGAUGUUCUCCCUGACAGUCUGGCAUAUGGAGGAGGGCUGAGAAAGGGUAACGAAAUCACAACCUUAAACGGGGAAGCUGUGUCUGACCUUGACAUCAAGCAGAUGGAGGCCCUGUUUUCUGAGAAGAGUGUCGGACUUACACUGAUCGCUUGGCCUGUGGACACAAGAAGAACCCUGUGCACUUCCUGGUCAGAUGGUGACCUGUCCUCCAGGGACCGGAGAGGUCUGCCACGCUCUCCCAAUCAGUCCCAGCUGCUGGAGGAAUUCCUGGAUAAUUUUAAGAAAACAUCCACUAACGAUUUCAGCAAUGUCCCUGACAUCACAACAGGCCUGAAAAGGAGUCAGACAGAUGGUACUCUGGAUCAGGUGCCCCACAGGGAGAAGACGGAGCAGACAUUUCGGGAGCUACCCUCUGCUUCUUUGGAGACUGAGCACAAUUACAGUUGGUAUUCAUUGAACCGGACAGCAAGGCCAGGCGGGGUUGUUGCUGAGAGUGCUGAACAGAUCGUUGAGCUCUGCAGGGGCUUUACCAGCACCCACACCAACGGUAUGGAAGCACCAAUGGAGAGCCAGGACCCACCUUCCAGGCCUCUGGCUCGCCACCUCUCUGAUGCAGACCGCCUCCGAAAAGUUAUCCAGGAGCUCAUAGACACAGAGAAGUCUUAUGUGAAGGAUCUGAGCUGCCUCUUUGAACUGUACUUGGAGCCACUCCAGAAUGAGACUUUCCUUACCCAAGAUGAGAUGGAGUCACUAUUUGGGAGCUUGCCAGAGAUGCUGGAGUUUCAGAAAGUGUUCCUGGAGACUCUGGAGGACGGAAUCUCUGCUUCCUCAGACUUCAGUGUCCUGGAAACCCCCUCCCAGUUUCGAAAGUUGCUCUUUUCCCUUGGAGGCUCCUUCCUCUAUUAUGCCGACCACUUUAAACUGUACAGUGGAUUCUGUGCCAACCACAUUAAAGUCCAGAAGGUUCUAGAGCGAGCUAAAACCGAUAAGGCCUUCAAGGCUUUUCUGGAUGCCCGAAAUCCCACCAAGCAGCAUUCCUCCACGCUGGAGUCUUACCUCAUCAAGCCUGUUCAGAGGGUGCUCAAGUACCCCCUGCUCCUCAAGGAGCUGGUGUCCCUGACAGACCAUGAGAGUGAGGAACACUAUCACCUGACAGAAGCACUAAAGGCCAUGGAGAAGGUAGCCAGCCACAUCAACGAGAUGCAGAAGAUCUAUGAGGAUUACGGGACAGUGUUUGACCAGCUCGUGGCAGAGCAGAGCGGCACGGAGAAGGAGGUGACAGAGCUGUCCAUGGGGGAACUUCUGAUGCAUUCCACGGUUUCCUGGUUGAAUCCGUUCCUCUCCUUAGGAAAAGUCAGGAAGGACAUUGAACUCACAGUAUUUGUUUUUAAGAGAGCUGUCAUAUUGGUUUAUAAAGAAAACUGCAAACUGAAAAAGAAACCGCCCUCAAAUUCCCGGCCUGCCCACAACUCUGCUGACUUGGACCCCUUUAAGUUUCGAUGGUUGAUCCCCAUAUCUGCGCUUCAAGUUAGACUGGGGAACACAGCAGGCACUGAAAAUAACUCCCUAUGGGAGCUGAUUCAUACGAAGUCAGAAAUUGAAGGACGGCCAGAAACCAUCUUCCAGUUGUGCUGCAGUGACAGCGAGAGCAAAACCAGCAUUGUUAAGGUGAUUCGUUCUAUUCUGAGAGAGAACUUCAGGCGCCACAUAAAGUGUGAGUUACCGCUGGAGAAGACAUGUAAGGAUCGACUGGUACCUCUUAAGAACCGAGUUCCGGUUUCAGCCAAAUUAGCUUCAUCCAGGUCUUUGAAGGUCCUCAGGACGUCCUCCAGCAGCGAGUGGCCCAGUGAGCCCAGCAAGGGCAACUCACUGGACUUGGAUGAGUGUAGCCUGAGCAGCGGCACUCAGAGCAGCGGCUGCCCAGUCGCUGAGAACAGGCCAGACUGUACGAGCACCGUGCUGGAGAAAGACCCUCCUGAGAGCCUGGCGGAGUUUCCAGAUGGUCUCAAAGAAAGCGACAUUCUGAGUGAUGAUGAUGAGGACUUCCAUCAGCCUCUGAAACAGGGCAGCCCGACUAAGGACAUCGAGCUUCAGUUUCAGAGACUGAGAAUCUCCGAGGAACCCGACACGCAGCAGCCUACCACGGGGCCAGGCGAGCAGCCCAGGCUGGUCAGGGGCCACUUUUGCCCCAUUAAACGAAAAGCCAACAGCACCAAGAGGGGCAGAGGGACUUUGCUCAAGGCGCAGACUCGUCACCAGUCCCUUGACAGCCACCCUGAGACUGCCAGCAUUGAUCUAAAUUUGGUUCUGGAGCGAGAAUUCAGUGUCCAGAGUUUAACUUCAGUCGUUAAUGAGGAGUGUUUUUACGAAGCACAGAGCCAUGGCAAAUCAUAGGACCCGUGUGGUGGGUUACAAUGCUCCUGAGUUUUUAACUGGUGGGAAAAUGGAAACUGCGGGGAAACCAUUUGUGUCUGGGUUUUGUGCAGUAUACAUUUCCCACAAAACUUGUAAAGAUUUAAGUUAUUUUAAUUUAUUGUGGAUCAGAAAACUAGAGAUUAAGUUGGGUAGAAUCUGUAAAUUACUUAGCUAAUAUCCAUUUUGAGCAGGAAUCAAAUGAUUUAGUCUUGUAAUAAAACUGAAUUCUAAUUAUUUUAAGUUAUGUGGGAAAAGUAAGAUCGGGAAAGUUGUGAUUAAUAGCUUUUAAAAGGGUCCCUUCUUCAAUCCUCUGGGCAUUUUCUUUGAGCUGUUAGUUUUUUGCUUUAUUUAAAGCACAUUUAAGUUAUUUUUAUGUGGUUUUAGGGGCACAAUGUGCAGAUAUUUCAUUUUUGAAGGUUGUAAUAAAUGCUGUUUAUACUAAACAUGUUGUAUCUAUGCAGUAUGUAUAUAUAUAUUAAAGGAAAGCUUGGACUGUA